AUGGCAUCCUUACAGUCCUCCAGCAGGCAGCAGCAGGCAGACUAUGGCAUUCACGAGGUCUGGGCAGACAACCUCGAGGCCGAGUUUGCCUCCCUCCGCGCAGCAGUAGACAACUACCCCUUCAUCUCAAUGGACACCGAGUUCCCUGGUAUCGUCGCGCGACCAAUCGGCACGUUCAAGACGGGCUCCGACUACCACUACCAGACCAUGAGGUGCAAUGUCGACAUGCUCAAGAUUAUCCAGCUUGGCGUCACCCUGUGUGAUGAGAACGGACACUCGCCCGAGGGCAUGACAUGGCAGUUCAACUUCCAGUUCAACCUCAACGACGACAUGUACGCGCCCGAGUCGAUUGAGCUGCUCAAGAACUCUGGCAUCGACUUUAAGCGCAACGAGGAGGACGGCAUCGACGUCGAGUACUUUGGCGAGCUGCUGGUGACCUCUGGCUUGGUGCUGUUCCCCAACAUCAAGUGGGUCUCGUUCCACUCUGGCUACGACUUUGGCUACCUCCUCCGCAUCCUCACCUGCGAGCCCCUCCCCGCGACCGAAAACGACUUUUUCCGUCUCCUCUUCAUCUGGUUCCCGUGCAUCUACGACAUCAAGCACGUCGUGCGUUCCGUAAAGACCCUCCGCGGCGGUUUGCAGGAGAUUGCAGAGUCCCUCGGCGUGCAGCGGAUAGGCCCCCAGCACCAGGCCGGCUCCGACUCGCUCCUCACCGCCGCCGUCUUCUUCAGGAUACGCUCGACGUAUUUCAAUAACGAGCUCGACGACAGCUACUACAAAAACUACCUGUAUGGCUUUUCGUCGGGCCGCACCCGUCCACCAGGCGAGACGACCAAGCCGCCGUCCCCGACCCCGGCGGCGCAGCUUCUCUCGGGCGAGAAGCCCUACUAG